AUGGCCGCCGCGCUGCACUCGUCCCCGACGUGGACGCCGCUCCGCCCGCUGCGCUCCACCUGGAACACCCACAACGCCCACGAGCGGCCCUCCACCUCCAAGCCCGCCCCCGCCCCCUCGGCCUCGUCGCCGAUCCGGUUCGACCCGUUCGCGGACGACGACGAGCCGCCCCGCCUGCGCUCCCCGUCCCCCUCCUCGUCCUUAUCCCCGGCGCCCACACCGGCCCCGGCGCUCUCCCGCGGCCGCGCCCCCACGCCGCUCGCCAUCACGAUCGCCCUCCCCGCCCCGCUGCCCGUCGGCCGCCGCCGCGCGCCCUCCUUCUCCGCCGGCGCCGGCGUGCGCCGCUCCGCCCUCCCGUCCCCGCCCUCCCACGCCCCCUCCUUGCCCUCAUAUUCCACCGCCCCCGCCCCCGCCCCCGUGCCCGGCGCGCCGUCGCCGUUCCUCGCGCGGCACUACGCGACGCCCGACGCGCGCGCGCGGCUCCUCGCGCGCACGCUCCUGCACCGCAUCAACGUCGUCGGCCGCCCGCGCGCGCCGUACGCCUGCGGGGCAGGGAACGGGUACGAGAGCGCGUGCGGGGGGCGGGCGUAUGUGCCCAGUCGGCUGAGCGUGUGCGUCGCGUAG